AUGCACACGCAAGGAUGGAACGAGACCCCUCAACGGGGAUCGAAGAACAUCCCAACCCCAUACGGGUUCCAACCAAUUGGAACACAUUGGGCUGACGAUUUCGGCUGUCUACCCCUAUGUCAGGGAGGUAUUAGCUGUGGCAAGGUACAUCCGGGAACGGGAGGCCAUACAGAUGGUCGAUGCCUCACACCUGACCCAUCACAGAUGUUUGGGCCUGUAAACUGGGAUCACCACCAGAGGGCCGUGGCUGCUAAUCAACCCGCUAGUCAAAACCCCUUCCCUGCCCCACCGUACCACUUGGGCUACAUCCCUCAACCCCCUCCCUACCAUCUCCAGUCUGGCGCCUCUAAUCAUGACUACUCUUACGAGCCGUCCUUGAUAGAUGAGGCCGAAGACAGUGGUAUGUCGGACUGGGAUGCGGGCCCUUUGACCCCUGACGCUGAGGAACAAGAGCGAUGGGAACAGAUCGUUGGUGAUGGGGCGCAAGACAUUGACGAGUCCUCUUCUGGCAAAAAGAAGGAUCAAGUCGAUUCUGUUCCCUGGGAGGUGUCCGCAAGAGCCUGUCAAACAGAACUGGAGACAAUCAACGAUAAAGUGGACUUUGUUGUUCUAGCAAUGAAGAAAUUACUUGGCCAGAAACAAGAGGGUCAGGCUAAUGUUUCUCACAACGACGCUCGCCUCGAAGUUGAGACUGAUGGUGAGUCUUCCGGUUCGCAGUCAGUAUCACGUCUUCAACACCGCAGGAGUAAACGGAAACUAAACUGCAGACCAAGGUUGAAGCGUGAAUCAGCGAACGAGAUCGAUGCUAGAAAGAAGCUCGAGGCCAUGGUAGCAGAACCGCCACAGAGUGCUGAUUGCGCACUCCGAGGGAUAGGGUUUCCAUCUUCAAUUACACUUUUUGAGCAUUAUGACUCCAAUGCCCUCACAAGACCGGGUGAUUGCGCACUCGAUGCUUCCAGCAACAGAAAUGAUCUAACCCCGACCGUUGCUACGACGCCGUGCGAAGAAGAAGAAGAGACAAGUAUACCUGGCGAUCCACAUAAACAACUGGUGCUGAGCCCAAAGCAGGUGGAGGGAAUGAGGGAAACACAUCACAUCAACGAGAUCUCUAGCGAAUUGGACAUCAAAGAGGAGGAUGCCAAGAAGAAAGCUGAGAUAAGGGACGGACCCAUCUGGAAAUACCGAAUCAGACACCCUAAAAUGGUUCAGCCAAGAAACGUCGACGUAGACAAGGGAAGAAUCUACGCAAAGCUCCUUGCCCAGUCCGACCGUCAAACCAAGCCUUGGAACGGUGAUCUCAGCAAUCUCCAAGCCUUCCUCUUGGGACCCUUUCACAAAUGCGCCGACAUCACUGGCAUACGCAACAAGAUCUUCAAUCUGUUUACAGGGAUUCAAGGGGUAUCGAUUGAGCUCUGCUACGUCAAGGAUGAGCAGAGACUGAAGCUCUUCGUACUGGUUCCACCUUUCUACGCAGAAACCGAAGGUGCGCGGUCUUCCUUUGAGCUUAUGGAGGAUGCUGAGGAUGUGUCUCAACUGCUUUCGCAACAAAGGGUUGAUCGUUUUGAUGUUGAGAUUUGGGAAGCAAACUUUCGACUUGUCGUUGUCUAG